GUCAAGGCUUUUAGGAUCAUCCCAGAGAGAGCAAGAGCACAAGAGAGAGAGAGAGAUAACAAGAGAUUAAGCAGUUAGGAGUAUUAGGGUUUUGUAUUAAUCAUUGGCUUGUAAUCUCUAUUGUUGUUCUUGAGAAACAAUUUUCUUUGAGUGCAUAAGGGAAAAGAGCUUUUGAUAUUGAUUUCUAUCUGUGUUUAAGCACUAGGCAAAGGUCUAAAUCGUAGCAUUAGUUUUUAUUUGUUUCUACCAUACCUCUCGCUCUCUCUGUAAACCCUAACCGCAAGAAACGAUGCCGGGUCCAACGAAGGAGUUGGAAUCAAUAGAAACACAGUCGCUGAGCAUCAAAUCCCAGAAACGAGCAGCACUUGAUCUCUUCUCCCCCGUCAACGGCCAAUUCCCUCCUCCUCCUGAUGCCGAAGCCAAGAAGAUUCGUCUCAGCCAUAAGAUGAAGGUUGCUUUUGGAGGUGUGGAGCCUGUUGUGAGUCACCCUCCACGUCAACCUGAGCAGAACGGAACCUCAAGUGCCCUUGUCGUUGGUCCAACGUUUCAGCCAAAGGGGUUGAACAGUAUUGUUACGUCAGGCAAAAGCACCACCACCAUUAUCCCUCCAACCUCGUAUGAAAGAAACUUUUCAACUUCUGCAUUAAUGGAGAGAACGCCUCGCCCCGAGUGGCAUGCGCCAUGGAAGAAUUACAGGGUCAUUCAGGGUCACUUGGGUUGGGUCAGAUCCGUGGCCUUUGACCCGAGUAACAAAUGGUUUUUUACCGGUUCAGCGGAUCGUACCAUCAAGAUGUGGGAUGUAGCAACCGGAGCUCUGAAGCUAACACUUACCGGUCACAUCGAGCAAGUGCGAGGCCUCGCUGUAAGCAACCGACAUAGAUACAUGUUCUCAGCUGGUGAUGACAAGCAAGUCAAAUGCUGGGACCUCGAGCAGAACAAGGUCAUCCGGUCUUAUCAUGGUCACUUGAGCGGAGUCUAUUGCUUAGCUCUUCACCCCACUUUGGACUAUUUAUUUACCGGAGGGCGUGACUCUGUCUGCAGGGUGUGGGAUAUUCGAAGCAAGACGCAACUUUAUGCACUCACACAUGAGAGCACUGUUUGUUCCGUCUUCACUCGUCCAACAGACCCACUAGUUGUGACUGGAUCACAUGACACUACUAUUAAACUCUGGGACCUUCGGUAUGCCAAACCAAUGACGACUCUGACGCAUCAUAAGAAAUCCGUCAGAGCAAUGACCCUUCAUCCUAGAGAGAAUGCAUUUGCUUCUGCGUCUGCUGACAACACCAAAAAGUUUAGCCUUCCAAAGGGAGAGUUUCGCCACAACAUGCUUUCGCAGCAGAACACCAUAGUUAACGCAAUGGCUGUGAACCAGGAUGGUGUAUUGGUCACUGGAGGUGAUAAUGGAAGUUUAUGGUUCCGGGACUGGAAGAGUGGCCACUGUUUCCAACAGGCGCAAACUAUUGCACAGCCUGGUUCGCUGGAGAGUGAAGCGGGUAUAUACGCAGCGUGUUAUGAUCAGACAGGUUCGAGAUUGGUAACAUGUGAGGCGGACAAGACUAUAAAGAUGUGGAGAGAAGAUAAGAAUGCAACUCCAGAAACUCACCCUGUCAAUUUCAAACCACCCAGGGACAUUAGGCGCUUCUGAUAAGUGAUAAUUAAGCUGAU